AUGAGCGAUCUGCAUACUUCAUUAUUGAAUAAUGAUAUGAAUUUUGAUUAGUUAUAUGAAGUAAAAUUAGUUGAUAAUAUAAAGAUUGUUAGAUAAGAAUUGGUUGAAUUUUAAAAAAAUGUAGAUGAGUUGUAAGUUUUAGGAGAAAGCGAAAUUGAUUAACAAAAUGUGAAUUAAGUGUUUUAGGCAUUAAAAACAAUUUAAUUGCAAUAAUUGAACAUUAAAGAAAAGAUAAUAAAAUUAGAACAAGUACAUUAAACAAUAACACAAAGUAAUCGCGAGGGGUCGAAUAAAGAAACAAAACUAAAAAAUUAAGAGAUUUAUAUACAAGUCAUUUAUAAAGAUAAUAGUAAUUGUACAAGAAUAUGAUUAAUGAUUGUGGAUAUGAAUCACUUAAAGAUGUAUUAAAAGAAAUAGAUAAAAUGAUGAAAUUAUCAUCUAAGUAAGAUGUGUAAAAUUAUACUUUAAAUUCAUAAAUUUAAUCAAAAUAAUCAACUAUAG